CCUCAUCUCAAAUGGCCCCGUAGGGCAACAAGGAUGGUUAGUUUUGACCGUGCUUAUUUGUGCCACAAAAUAUCCACCCUGACCGACAGUUAUUUGGGCUUGUACACCCUGCCGACCUCCCGUUUUUGAACUGUGCUCACUAAAUGAAGGGGUCCUGGACUGGGAAGGGCCAUGUAUUCCUUCAAUUGGAUGGGGAGCGGGGCCAGUGUCUCCGGCGAUCUCGAGGAGGGAAUGUUGACCAGGGAGCACCGUUGCGGCCGAUCGCAGGAGCAGGAACCGGAGCCCGGGCUGAGACCGAAAAAAGCCGGAUCCGGACGGUGGCUCCGGAACGGCUGGAAGUGGAAGAUGGAGGAGCCGGAGGAACCUGCGGACAGUGGGCAGUCGCUGCCCCCGGUUUACAUCUACAGCCCCGAAUAUGUCAGCAUGUGCGACUCCCUGGCCAAAGUCCCCAAACGGGCCAGUAUGGUACAUUCUUUGAUUGAAGCAUAUGCCCUGCUUAAGCAAAUGAGAAUAGUUAAGCCCAAGGUGGCCUCCAUGGAGGAGAUGGCCUCCUUCCAUACCGAUGCCUAUCUGCAGCAUCUCCAGAAGGUCAGCCAAGAAGGAGAUGAUGAUCAUCCGGACUCCAUCGAAUAUGGGCUAGGUUAUGACUGCCCAGCCACCGAAGGGAUAUUUGACUAUGCAGCCGCUGUGGGAGGGGCUACAAUCACAGCUGCCCAAUGCCUGAUUGAUGGAAUGUGCAAAGUAGCAAUUAACUGGUCCGGAGGGUGGCAUCAUGCAAAGAAAGACGAAGCAUCUGGUUUUUGUUAUCUCAAUGAUGCUGUCCUGGGGAUAUUACGAUUGCGACGGAAAUUUGACCGUAUUCUCUAUGUGGAUUUGGAUCUGCACCAUGGAGAUGGUGUGGAAGACGCCUUCAGUUUCACCUCCAAAGUCAUGACGGUGUCCCUGCACAAGUUCUCCCCAGGGUUUUUCCCAGGAACAGGUGAUGUGUCUGACGUUGGCCUAGGGAAGGGACGGUACUACAGUGUAAACGUGCCCAUUCAGGACGGCAUACAGGAUGAGAAGUAUUACCACAUCUGUGAAAGUGUACUGAAGGAGGUAUACAUAGCCUUUAAUCCCAAAGCAGUGGUCUUACAGCUGGGAGCCGAUACAGUAGCUGGGGACCCCAUGUGCUCCUUUAACAUGACUCCAGUGGGAAUUGGCAAGUGUCUUAAGUACAUCCUGCAGUGGCAAUUGGCAACACUCAUUUUGGGAGGAGGAGGCUAUAACCUUGCCAACACGGCUCGAUGCUGGACAUACUUGACCGGGGUCAUCCUGGGGAAAACACUAUCCUCUGAGAUCCCAGAUCAUGAGAGAUGUGAGUCAUCCAAGAAGGAACAAAGAAGAAAAUUGAAAUGACAGUCUUCCAGGUACAAUAAUAUAAUACUGUAAUGAAAAUUGUCAAAAAUAGACUACACGGUGUGACGGCAUAUAUAAGUUUCAGGCCACAAUACACAGUUGCACACAAAUAUGCUUCUGGACCUCUGUAAUCAGAUCAACAAAUGGUAGAUCAAAAAAUAUUUACUGAGCACCCAUUGUGUGCCAGGCACUAUGCUAGAUAUCUUGGAAGAUGCAAAGACACCAAGACCUCAUCCCCUACCUCAAGCAGCCAGGAAGGAGGAUGUUGUAAGUGCUGGGGGAUAUGUAGAUACACAGAUGAUUAUAUUAGAGAGCAGAAUAAUAACCACAGGACAGUGGGGACAAUGGCGGUGCGGAUGUGCAUUAAAUAGAAACAGGAUACACAGGGGUGUGCAAAGCACCCUGCCCUCCGGGACCUGAAAAUAUAAUUGAAAAUCUAGUUGGUGACAAGGUCAAGACAGCGCAGCAGGCAGCCUCAGCCUGGCCGACCCCCUCACUGUCUUCACUCUCAGUCCUGGGCUUUUGUUCUUCCCGUCUUCUGUGAUGAUAAUGCUCCUCCUCUCCAGAUGCCUUCCCCCCCCCCACCUCCUGCUGUCUUCCUAGGUCCCCGCUUCCAGCCCUAUGCCUUUAAACAUCCUUUACCUGAAUACAUCCAAGCCCUUUCAGCUCUCCCUUUGCAUUCAUUGGUUCAUUCAUUUAACAAAUAUUCAUUGGGCCCCUACUACUUGUCAGGCCCUAUUCAGACCUGGAUUCAGAGAUACAAAGAUUAACCAGAUAAACCCAGUGCCCUCAAAACUCUCAUCGUCUAAUAAAGGCAACAGAAUAACGUGCUCAAAUCCAGGAGAGUUGAGGAGCAUAGAGGAAAUGCCUCAUCAAGACUUUGAACUGAGUCUUGGAGGUUGGUUGGGGGCUUGCCAGGUGAAGAAGUGGGAAAAGCAUUUUAGGCAAAGCAAACAGAGGUUGGAAAGGACCUGGUGCUUCAUGGGACUGGAGAGAAGUUGGAUAUAGAACAUAGGGUUUAUGAGAGAGAAUGGGAAGGAUUAAGGCUUGAAUGGAAAUUGGAGCCAGAUUAUGAAGACACUUGCAUGCUACACUAAAGAGCUUACACUUUCUUUUUCUGUGAAAACAGAUGAGCAUUGAUUUUUAGAAAGCUCAUUUGAUAGAGCAUGGGAGAUAGAUGGCAGAAGGGAGGCACUUGAGAAAAGCCAACCUGUUAAGAGGUUCAAGUGCACUCCUAUAGCACUUGUAGUCUGUACCAUGCCUCUGGUCAGCUGUGUUUUGGUUGUCUGCAUCUUCCUCAAUGCUUAGCAGUCCUACCCCACCACCUAGUUGCUGUUCACUCAUUGAAAGAACAACUGAAUAAAGGAGUGCUUGAAUAAUACGUGUCUCAAACAUUCACACUGGAAAACUUCUGUUUUUAAGAUGGAAGCAUUGGAUGCAUGGUCUAGUCUUUUUCUGGAAACACUUUAGCCCCAAUAGCAACUGCUCAUCCUUUGCAAGAAGUGCCAGGUGGCUACCACCUGUAGGAAAUAUAUGCAUCCAUGGGAAAACACUAGAUUGCCAAUGAACCGAGGGAGUUGGGAAGGCAAGCCCAGCACAAAUAGUAGAAGUGAUUAGUGGUGACAUUUCAAUCAUAACCCUCAUAAACCACAAAGUGACAGAUGCCAUAAAGGCAGUGAUCAGGGAGUAAAUCCCAGCCCAAGAAUUGGGGAGCCAGCUUGGUCAGCCAGGCAUGGAAUAAGGAGGCAGUCCCAGCUGGAAGCAGUGUUGGGCCCAGCUCCGAAAGCCUAGAGGAUAGAGCAUGCCCAUAUGACUGGCCCAGGUAUCUCUACCAAAGGGAAAGCCCAAAGGUGACAUGGGGUCCCAUAAAAAGUGUAGUACAUUAUUAAUUUAGCAAAUCGCCCACUCCAUGUAAUAAGGCUUAUGGACUAUUAUAGAUGCGAAUGUUUUGUAGUCCAGUAAUACUAUUUGGAUACUAUGAUCUAAGAUAGAGUAAGGCACUUAUAUGACAUUGUGUGCCCAUAUAUAUGUAUAUGCAUAUAUAUGCAUAUAUCACAUAUAUGUAUAUACCUGAAUCAUCAGGUAGAUUUAUAAACAAAAUUUACAAGCAAAACAUAUUUACUUAGCCAGCCACUUUUGAUGGACUGGUUGGAUAAACUAUGCCUCCUUCAUAUGAGGGAAUAUAUGUAGCCAUUGAAAAUAAUUAAGUUGAAUUUAUAUACAAGUAUAAAUUUGUAUGCUAAUAUAAAACAGCCUUACUUUGCAAUCUGUAGAUUACACUGAAUCUAUAGAUUGAUUUUGGGAGAAAUAGCAUCUUAACAAUAUUUAAUCUUUAAUCCUUGAAUUUGGUAUAUCUUUCCAUUACUUAAGUCUUUAAUUUCAAAUUUUUAAUUUAUACUUUUCAGCAAACAGGUCAUGCAUAAAUUUUGUUAAAUUUAUCCCUAAGUAUUUCAUGAUUUUGAUGUUACUGUCAGAGGUAUUUUUUAAUUUCAAUUUCCAAUUGUUUGUUUCUAGACUAUAGAAAUACAAUUGACUUUUUAUAUUGAUCUUGAAUAAAUGUAACAUUGCUAAACUCAUUAGAGCUAGUAGCUUUUUUUGUAGAUUCCUUAGCAUGUUCUAUUUAUACAAACAUGUCAUCUGUGAAUAAAGAGAGUUUUACUUAUUUCUUUAC